AUGCCAUCCGCGGACUCUCCUGCAGACAGCUGUUAUUUGUUUGUGUCUUUAUCACCCAGUGCCUCGAAACAAGCGGCAGCUCGUGAACAGCGAAAGUCACGAGGAUUAGUAGUUACAGGAUUUCGCGUUCCAGUUGAGUCAUUCAAAUACGUCAAAGCCUACCAACAGAUCUAUGGCGCCGAGUCUCCUCAGACCCUAAACGGCAUGAGUGGCCUAGUGACAGUGUUGUACAACCUAGGCAGAUUACAGGAAGCUGAGGCGCCGAAGGUACAGGUACUAGGGACUGGCAAGAGGGUGCUUGGCGUAGAGCACCCUGACACCCUAAUCAGCAUGGAUACCCUGGCUUCAACAUUCCGACACCUUGGUCAAUUGAAGGACGCCGAGGAGCUGGGUCUUCAAGCGCUAGAGAGUGCAGGAAGAUGCCUGGCGUAG